AUGGAAGAUGAAAAGAAAAACGUUCGAAACCCUAAGGAGAAUCCAAUUGAGAACCUGGCUGUGUACAGCGUGACCUCGCAAAUGCAAUGUGCCUCAAACCCUAAGAGCGAUGCCUCUCCAUUGCACACGCUCACCACCUUCUCAACUCACCGCAACAAAGAAAGAGACACCAAAUUGCGAAUUGCAAACGCAGCGAACCCAAAAGGGUUAGAUCGCUCUCUCCUCUUUCUACUUAAAGACUCCUUUCAUUUCCACAUUCCUUCAUCCCACGGCUCAUAUUCCAUCAUCUCCUCCUUCUUAAUCGUACGGUCACUGAUGCUUUUCCUCCUUCCUAUGUGCAUAUCAAAUACAUAG